AUGGCUCGCUCCGAUGAGGCAGAGUGGUGGUUCAAUUCUGUCUAUGAUGCUGUGCAACAGAUCCCCCGUGGUAAAGUGUGCUCUUACGGCCAUAUUGCCUGGCUUCUGGGUCAGCCUCAAAGGUCACGACAAGUAGGCAUGUGCCUUAAAUACCUACCCUCCAACAGCCCGGGGACCGACCACUACUACCACGACCAAAAUGUGCCAUGGCAGCGUGUCAUAAACGCGAAGGGGAUGAUCUCACAUCGCGGUCCCGGAUCUGCAGCGAGACAGGCCGCUGUGCUCGAAGAGGAAGGGGUCGAUGUGCAUGUGGAUGGCAUGGGGGAGUACUCUGUUGAGUUUGGUCGGUUUGGAUGGUUUCCGGAUCGCCUCCCUAGGGACGAGAGUGGUGAUGAAUCAGAAACAGAGGAGGCCAGAACUGCGAGUGGUGGUUGA